AUGUGUCGCUGUCACCCAACCACCGCCAUCCACCCCUGUGCGUCUCAUUCUCUCCCCUUUCCCACCAGAUCCCAAGUGGAGCCCACAGCGUCCCAUGAUCACCUGAAUGCCUCCAUCCGCCCUGAAUUCAGGGCAGAAGAAGCCGCCUUCGAAUACUGGUACCGAGCUUAUUGGAAGGCCAAGCGCCUCAACGUCCGGGUGGGCACGCAGAGUCCUGUCCGCCCAUACUCUAUGCGUAGCUCGUACCGCCUGACUGUGCUGGUAUUUACCCGCCAGCGCACCAACUCCUCGACCUCGUGGUCCAAUGUCUCUCUCCAUCGCUUGCAGUGGCGGCUAGCGACGCUCGGCCGGUCGCAUGCUCGUGCUGGUUGGUUUUCUGACAGCCAGCAAGCAAAGCAGACCAAAACAGCGCAAAGCAAAGCAAGAAAGCGCACCUGUCAAGUCAGCUUCGACUCCCCCCCUCCAUCACGGGAAUCCGGCCGGUACCCACCCCAUCCUCAUCGAGCCUCGUACAGUCGCGCCGGCUGCACGUCAGACUCGCCCGCAGCAGUCGAAUCAGCAGCUGCGAGCACUGCCUUUGUCGACAGGCAUCUUCUGCCCUACGGGCGGAUGAUCACUUCCCACUGA